CUCACUCGGCUUUAGCCCUCCGGCCGGGAAACAUGGGUCUGACCAGGCUGCUCUGUACUCUUCUGCUAACCGCCUGCUGCUGCCGUCGCUCGGCCGGAGUGCCUGGUGAAGUGGAGCCCAAACCAGAAAUACUAGAGUUUCAAGUGGGAGACAACGCCCAUCUUAACUGUGACAGCUCCCUGCCCAUUGACAACCUCAGCCAUGUCGACUGGUUCUUUAAACACAAGGAUCAACGCAUUCACAUCUUCCAAGUGCGCCGGGGUCAGGGCCAGCCUGAUCCUGGUGAAUACCAACACCGACUCACCCUCCUGGAUGGGGCCAACCUAUCUCUGGAACAUGUUACCCCCCAAGAUGAGCGUAUCUUCAUCUGCCAGAUCAAAGGCCUUGCCUCCCAAACCCAGGAGAAAUAUAUCCAGCUCCAAAUUUAUAAGCCCCCCAAGGAGCCCACAAUCCAAACCAGUGCUUCUGGUAUCUCUGUGAUCAGCAAAGUCCCUCAGGAGGUUGCCACCUGCAAUGGGGAGGAUGGAUACCCAAUACCUCAUGUCACCUGGUAUAAAAACCGGAGGCCCCUGAAAGAAGACAAGAAUCGGAUCAGAAUUACGGAAGUACGAACCAAAGAGUCAAGUGGGCUUUACACCAUGAGAAGCACUCUCUGGGCACAGCUGGAUAAAGAGGAUAAGGACGCCCUCUUUUACUGUGAGCUCAGCUACCGGCUUCCUGGGGGUGACCACAUGAAAGAAUCCAAGGAAGUCAAUGUCACUGUCUACUACCCAAUGGAGAAGGUGUGGCUAGAGGUGACACCAAACAGGCUGCUGAAGGAAGGAGACAAGGUCGAGCUUAAGUGCUUAUCAGAUGGCAACCCUCCACCACACUUCACAAUCCGAAAGCAGGAUCCUACCAGUCUCAGCUGGCUUGAGGUAAAAAACAUAAGUGAUGGGGUCCUGAUCCUGGAGCAAGCACAGAGGCAUCACAGUGGACUGUAUGAGUGCUUGGGUCUGGACUUUGAAACUGGAGUAGAGACAACUGACCAGCAGCAACUCUUGGUGAACUAUGUGUCCAACGUCCAGGUGCAACCCAAGGCUCCAGUGAUGUCAGAGGGCAGCAGCCUGAAACUUAACUGUUCUGCAGAGAGCUCCCAACCUUUGGUAUUCCACUGGAAGAGAGAAAAGACUGAGGAGAUGUUGAAGAAUGGAUCUGUACUGCAUUUGACCAACUUGACUAGGGAGGCAGGAGGAGGCUACCUUUGCGUGGCAUCUGCACCCAAAGUGCCUGGCCUGAAACAUACACAGCUGGUCAAUGUUACCAUUAAUGGGUCCCCAUGGGUGAUGGCAAAGGAAGCACACAUGUGGGUAAGAGAGAAUGAAGUGGUGAACCUGACAUGUGAGGUCUCAGGACAACCCAGGCCCACCAUCUCCUGGAGUGUCAAUGGAACGGUCCAUGAACAUGAAAAGGAUUUUCAGACUAUCCUGAGUACUUUGAAAGUGCAAGUGAUUCCAGAACUGCUAAAGAAGGGUGCUGUGUGCCAGGCAUCCAAUUCCCUGGGAAGCAACAAGACUACUAUCUUUCUGGAGCUGGUCAACUUAACCACUCUCACCAUCACGACCACUGGGAACACUACCGGCAGCCAGAGCACCACCACCACCACCACCACCAGUCCUUCUUCUGCCAAAGCCAACAGCACCUCCACAGGAACAAAGCAGGAGAGCAAGGGAGUGGUCAUCGUGGCAGUCAUCGUCUGUAUCCUGUUGCUGGCUGUGUUGGGGGCUGUCCUUUAUUUCCUCUAUAAGAAGGGCAAGAUGCCUUGUGGGCGAUCAGGCAAACAGGAAAUCACACUGCCCCUGGCUCGUAAGAACGAAAUUGUAGUUGAAGUUAAGUCAGAUAAGCUCCCAGAAGAGAUGGGCCUCCUGCAGGGAAGCAACGGUGACAAGAGGGCGCCAAGAGACCAGGGAGAGAAAUACAUCGAUCUAAGGCACUAGCCCAAAGAAAAUCCUGCCAUGCUUCCUCCUCCCCUAUGUGGGACAGCUUCUGCUUUUUUCACCCCUUCACCAUCACCUGGGAUGACCUUGGAUAGAUGGAAAUGGCUCUCCUAUGGCCUGGCUCAUCUGCAGAACCCAUUGUACAAGCCAAGGGAAUGGGAAGAAGCCAAGUUCUAUCAUCUUGUCAAGUUUGCCUGGCCUUGGGAAUGGGGAUAUCAUCUCCUCUCUAAGGGGACUGAGUGGAGUUCAUACCCCAAGCAGAGGUCUUAGGGUCCCAGGAGAUCCUUUGUUUGAUGCAGGAUGUUGUAGCUUCCCAGCUCUCACAUUUGUGGAGGUCUUAGAACUAUGUUCUCCUCUCAAUAGCUGAAGUGAGUGGUCCCAUUUUUACUGGCCUCUUGGCUAGCUGAAGCUUUUCAGGUAGCCUUGAUACCUAACACAGUGGUAUCAAUUUGUGGGAGUCAUUGUGCCCUUAAACCAAAAUCCCUGUCACACUAUGUUGCUCAUACCAGCUCUGGAGAGAGCAAUCUCUGAAAGCCACUGACAACAGUGUUGUUGCUCAAACUGUCCCCUCCCCACUUUGGAGUUUCUCAUGGCUUCCUAUGGAAAGGCAGAGAGGGAUGAUAUGUCCUUCAUUCUCCACUCAGAAAAGUGAAGAGGAAACUACUGAUCCACUGUCAGUAGGAUGUAAGCUUUCAAGUGUCUUGUCACAGUGACUAACUUUGGUGGGAGGAAGCAGAAGAGUUUUUCUCUGUGAAACUAAAUGGCUCAGAGUCAGGGAUUUAACCUAUGGGCUUGUUAGCACCAUACUGUCAGUUGAGAAGCACACAUCCGAGGAUAUGGACUCAACAAAGGUGAAUGGUACUUUGAAAUUGGAAAUGGGAUCUGGCCAAAGCUUUGAUUUUAUUUAUAUAUAUAUAUAUUUCUGUUGGAAUGUGUGUAAAUUUACAAGUUUGUUGCAGGAUAUAUAUAUAUAUGUGAAAAAUAAAGUUGAACUAUCCCCAAAAUUA